CGGUGCGGGGCAUUCCAGAGGUCUCUGACUGCUGGGCUGGGCGGGCCAGGCCCACCCUGCAGCCAGAUUCCGGCUUUCUAAUGCACAGUUUCUGGGCCAGUUCGGCGAAGUGCCGCCCAAGUAAAUGGAAUUGCGGGUGCGCGCGCGAGAGCGCGCACGGCGUUGCGGGCUGGCGGAUGCCUUUGUGUCUCCAGCGCUCCCGCGCAGGUGGGCAGCCCUCGCCGGGAGCCGCUUUGCCCUUACGCACCAGGACCUCGAGUCCUGCUUUACUGUCUUGAGGGCUCAAACCACCCCUUUGGGCGGACAGUAGAUCCUUCUCACAGCUGCACCUUUGGUUCCAGGGGUAGUUUAUUUGGGGACACUAACGGGACUUUGUGAGGACCGAUCUCUUAGAGCCGGGCCCCUGCCGUCAGAGUUGGACGCGUCUUCUUUUCAUGGUCAGGCGAGGGAGGAGACCUGGGGACAGGGACUGUCCUUAGCUGAUAGGUAACAUGUAAGUGUCCCGAGCCUGCCGGUCCCGCAUUAGACAACAAAGAGAGGCGUUAGCAAGCGGCGGGGGCGGGGCGCGGCCGGGAGGAGGGCCGGUGGACUGCGGCGAGCCGAGCCGGGGUUGGGGGCGCUCGCGCUCCGCUCCCUCAUCCCGCGGCCUCCGCCCGCCCCCGGCCCGGCGCGCGCCAAUCGCCUCCCCCAGCGAUAGUGUCAGUAGCAUUGUAGUGUCAGCUCCCGCCGGUGACGUUGCGCCUCCCUCGUCCCCCUCCGGAGCCGUCUGGCUGCAGAGGCUCAGUCUUGAGGCGGGGAGCAGAGGAGGAGAAAAAGCGCUGAGUGAGGGCGGGCGGGAGGGAGGGAGGGAGUGGAGGAGCCGGGGAGGGGCUCCUUAAAGAAACGCUGCUGUCGCUCGCCUGCUCGUUUCUCGCUCGGCAUUGUGGCCAGCCAGCUGGGCACUCGGGGGGCACUCACGGCUGCCGCUCAAGCUCUGCCCCCAACCCACCCGCCAGCAGACCUGGAGUGGGGAAUCCAGCCGGGGCUUCGCGCAACCACUGCCCGGCGCGGAUCGCGCAGAGCGACCCACUCCUCCCGGCACGGAGAAAGGAGCCACGGAGCCCUCUGCAGCCGGCCGGCCUCCCCGCCCCUGACCGCUCGCUUCCCGGCUGCCUUUGUGGCCGCAGCUUCUCGCCGCCGAGCCGAGGGCCGGCGGGGGCGCGACGCGCACGGCUGAGCGAUGCCCAGCUCGCUGUUUGCAGAGCUGGAGCGCAACGGCAGCGGCGGGGGAGGCGGCGGCGGCGGCGGCGAGACCCUGGAUGACCAAAGAGCCCUGCAGCUCGCGUUGGACCAGCUCUCCCUCCUGGGGCUGGACAGUGACGAGGGCGCCUCUCUGUACGACAGCGAGCCGCGCAAGAAGAGCGUGAACAUGACCGAGUGCGUGCCGGUACCCAGUUCCGAGCAUGUCGCGGAGAUCGUGGGGCGGCAAGGUUGUAAAAUCAAAGCUCUGAGGGCGAAGACCAACACUUACAUCAAGACCCCAGUCCGCGGGGAGGAGCCUGUCUUUGUUGUGACGGGCAGGAAGGAGGAUGUGGCCAUGGCUCGGAGGGAGAUCAUCUCCGCCGCCGAGCACUUCUCCAUGAUCCGCGCCUCGCGGAAUAAGAACACGGCGCUCAACGGCACGGUGCCCGGGCCGCCCAACCUCCCGGGGCAGACCACCAUCCAGGUGCGGGUCCCUUACCGCGUGGUGGGGCUCGUGGUCGGGCCCAAGGGCGCCACGAUCAAGCGCAUCCAGCAGCAGACGCACACGUACAUCGUGACGCCCAGCCGCGACAAGGAGCCCGUGUUCGAGGUGACGGGCAUGCCGGAGAACGUGGACCGCGCCCGCGAGGAGAUCGAGGCGCACAUCGCCCUGCGCACCGGCGGCAUCAUCGAGCUCACAGACGAGAACGACUUCCACGCCAACGGCACGGAUGUGGGCUUCGAUCUGCACCACGGGUCCGGCGGGUCCGGCCCCGGCAGCCUGUGGAGCAAGCCCACGCCCAGCAUCACGCCCACGCCGGGCCGCAAGCCCUUCUCCAGCUACCGCAACGACAGCUCCAGCUCGCUCGGCAGCGCCUCCACAGACUCUUACUUCGGCGGGGGGGCCAGCGGCAGCGCAGCCGCCACCCCGCGCCUGGCGGACUACAGCCCCCCCAGCCCGGCGCUCAGCUUCGCCCACAACGGUAACAGCAGCAGCAGCAGCAACGGCAACGGGUACGCGUACGCAGCCGGGGAGGCUCCCGUGCCCGCGCCCGACGGCUGUCCAGAGCUCCAGCCCACCUUCGACCCGGCUCCCGCCCCGCCGCCUGGGGCGCCCCUUCUCUGGGCCCAGUUCGAGCGGUCCCCGGGAGGUGGACCUGCAGCUCCCGUGUCCUCGUCCGGCUCCUCCUCCGCGUCUUCGUCCGCGUCCUCCUCCUCCGUGGUCUUCCCCGGGGGCGGCGCCAGCGCGCCCCCCAACGCCAACCUGGGGCUGCUGGUGCACCGCCGGCUGCACCCGGGCGCCGGCUGCCCGCGCCUGUCGCCGCCCUUGCACAUGGCCCCGGGGGCGGGCGAGCACCACCUGGCUCGCCGCGUGCGCAGCGACCCGGGCGGAGGGGGCCUGGCCUACGCGGCCUAUGCCAACGGGCUGGGGGCGCAGCUGCCGGGCCUGCAGCCGUCGGACACGUCGGGCUCCUCGUCGUCGUCCAGCUCCUCGUCCAGCUCGUCGUCGUCGUCCUCCGGCUUGCGGCGGAAGGGCAGCCGCGACUGCUCCGUGUGCUUCGAGAGCGAGGUGAUCGCCGCGCUGGUGCCCUGCGGCCACAACCUCUUCUGCAUGGAGUGCGCCAACCGCAUCUGUGAGAAGAGCGAGCCCGAGUGCCCGGUCUGCCACACCGCGGUCACUCAGGCCAUCCGCAUCUUCUCCUGAGCGCGGCGCGCGCGCCUGCGCACUCCGCCGCGCGGGGACUGGGGACCCUCAGCUCCCUCCGCUGCCACGGCACCCUCCGCACCCACGGCGUCCACCAGCCACCUCGGUGCCCCUCAGUCUCCUCCCCACCCUGCUCACACUCUUCAGAUCCCAGGGGAGCUUGGAAAGCUGUAGUAUCCGCUCGUUUUUAAAAUUUGAUUUUUAAACAAAGGAACUUGCCAGGAUAUCUGCAUCAAGAGUACUGUGGCCUGGGAAACCUCUGAACCACCUGACGUGCAUGCUCUAUAAAUAAUAGGAACGGCGAUCUUCUAGUAAUGAUAGUUUUUACACUGUACUUAAUAGGAAGCUUCCAGAAGAAGAAAACCCCACAAGUUGUCCGUUUUCUCAAAGUAGGGAAAAAAAAUGAACAGUAAUUAUUAUGAAGAUGAUAAUAGCGCUAUGGGAUGUGUGGACUGUUCUAGUGUGUUCCCCUUUGUGGCUGGGUUCCUACGAUGCUUGUUCUAGAACACAGUGGAUCCUUUCUGAAUGUUCGUGGAUGGGCCAGGAGUUCCUGUGAAACCAGGAUACUGCAGCUUUAUUAAAGUUAAAGAAACUGUAACAUAUCUCUUAUAUAUUAAAAACGUUUAAAAGUUUUAAAGAGAAAU